AUGUCACUGAAGACAACUCAAGUUCUGGACUCAGCUGGUAAAACAAACUCGCCACUAUCUCAACUACGACUAUCAGUCAUCGACUCAAGUAUCAAGCAAUCAUCAUCGCCAACGUCAUCAUCCACUAGACCAAGGGUAACUUCUUCAUCGAAACCAAACCAUCAACCUAAACCUCUUUCUGCUAAUGGGUCACAAAGUGACGAAGUCAAGAAAUACACCACUGACGCAAACCUUGAUCUGUUUGUACAAAACUCAUUAGACACCACAACCGAUGAUACACUACUAAAAAGCAAGCCACAUCAUGCAACUCAGGAAAUCAUUACUAAAGAUGAUGUGAAAAAAGCCGGUGCACUUGCUUCACUUUUUCUAGAUACGAGAAACAUACUUCAAGCAGAAUGCAACGUUGUUGACCCAGCACCGAACUUAGAUCCCAACCCACUUCAUCAUGAUUCUCCUUUUGAAGACACCAAGAUCAGUCGUAGUACAUUUAUACGAGCAGAAAAAGUGAAAUCAAUGUUGGGAGUGAAAUAUCUCCACAUUCAACGUAUUCACGAUUGGCAGGAAGCAAAUGGUGACCAUAAUUUACACCCUGGAGUGGAGGGGGUUUACAAUCCACUUCAAAUUUUGAGAAAUAGAAAAAUCAGAGCCAAGUAUCACGAGUAUCCGAAGCCAUUACAUUUAAAAACUAUACCACUCGCAUGUAAUGUGUUUAGCAAGCAUAAUUUACCAGGUCAUCGACAUCACCUUAAAAAGGAUUGGAAGAUGUUGUGGGCCAUAGAAUUGGAAGAGUAUAUUGGGGAUGCAAGGUGGAGAGUUCAUCAUUGGAAUGAGUUGAAGGAUCCUCAUGGGAACUAUUGGUUUCCUGAUGAAGUUACUGAAAAUGGUUACAACCAUCGUCGAAAGAAGCAUAGAUUUAGACAACGAUUACAUGAUAAAUUGUUUGAAAUUUCUGAUGAUGAAGUAAAACGCAGCAAGUCGAAUACCGAUCAUGCUGAAGAUAAAUCAAAUCAUAGAGUACUGAAAUUUUCGCUCGAUACUUCAACUAGUUCAGAGAGUGAUGCACAACACUCUAGAGCGCCUGGCACAGACCCCCUUGCUUUGCACCAACAACAUCGUCACCACCAUCAUAAACACAGACUCAAGACAAAAGUGAAACGUUUGUAUCAUGGUGAAUCAUCCUCAUCUAAUUUACUGAAACAUCAUACUACUUCAGACGAUAAACUCGGUAGUGGUCUGACUGGCUCGGAACCAUUGGAAAACGAGUUGAACCGAACACGUAGCAAUUUAGACCCAACUAAAUCACAUGAUGACAAUAAACAUCAACUCAAUGUACCUUUGAUCUUGGAACCUGAACCCGAGCCACAUUUGAGCAAUGCAAAUAAUCAUGGUGUUGUUGUUCCCCCAACCAUCCGCAUUGAGGAAAGUACACCUGACCCUAUAGCUCAAUCCAAGUUGCAAGGAGUUGAAAUCCACCCAACAAAACGAGGCGGUUCCAUUAGUGACGUGUCACCAGUGAGUUCCAAUACCAAUGACAAUGAUGAUAAACUAUCAUCCAAGAUUGAAAAAAUCGACACUGGGACGAUAAUCAAUCAACAAGAGCAGAAUUUAAUCAGGGUGCUUAGUUGUUUGAGCUAUUUACGACAAUCGUGUUACACUCGUUUACAAUACUUGCUAUCCAUUUACCCCAACUAUUUACAACUGGUACAACACAAACUAGAUCAUGUGAAAUCAAAUUCAAUUGACGAAAUCUUGCAAUUGAUGUCAUUAAUCACUGACGAAAGUUUACCGGCAUUUGAAGAUUUACAACGUGGCUGUCUUGAUGAAAGUAAAUCAAUCUUGCACAUGGUCAACAAUAACUAUUCCAUCAAGAUUGACACGUUGCUAAGUGCUGGCGAUCGAGCAAUUUCGGAAAUCAAUGCUUCAUUGUCAUUGGAUUUGAGAAAGACUACUGAAAGAUUAGACAUUUUGGAACAAUCUUUAAUGGCUAAUAAUCAAUCAAGUUUGAGUUUGAAGCUGGAUUUGACAACCGAUGCAACAAUGAAUUAUCGUAUGUUGUAUUUGAUACUUGAGAAUAUAAUUGUUGGUGUGUUGAAAUUGGUUUGGGUUGUGGUUAAUGUAUACAAGGCUAUAGCUUGGUGUGUUUGGGGUGUUUGGAGGUUUGUACGGGUAUUUAUUUAG